CUGGGGGGCCACCUCCUGGGUUAGGCACUUAUGGGGACAGUCGAGGAACAGGAGACAAGGAAGGCACGUAGAACCCUUGGCAGCUCCCUCCUUCAGGAGUCCCCCUGGGCCUUUUGGACAGCCGUGCCCUGGGUGUGGGGUACCCAGAAUGCAGCCUUGGCAGGACCUCCCGCUGCCCCCGCCCUCCCGGGGCAGCUCACCAGCCUUCCUGCAACUCUGUCUUACCCCACUCUGGCCUUUCAUGCCCCCUGCUCUGACCCCUAAGUGGCUGGGGUGGGAACACCUGGCAGGUGGGUUGGCACUGGGCUCCCCAGGCUGGUCGGUCUGCCCCUUGAACCUGCCCACCCUGGCCUUGUGUGCUCCCCUUCUACUGAUGGACGCAGGCCUGUCAGCUACUAGCCACAGGGAAAAGCUCAGAAGCCUCUAGAUGGGCCAGGGUGCCACAGAAGUGAGCUAGACAGGCGGGCCUGCAGGCCGCGGGGCUAGAAAAGUGGAGGAAGAGCAGGUGUGGGAGACUGGAGGGGUGUGAGGUCAGGAUCUAGCAGGACCUGGGCUGGGGGCUCUCUCUCCAAGAGUGCUGCGAUGAUGCAGGGGUGACCACUGGGCGCUGGGUGUCCUGCCCCAUCCCUGCCCCUGGGGUGGCCUUCACAGCUCAUGUGGUGCAGUGUGAGCCUGGUGCACUCUACCCUGGACUGCCUCCCCUCCCUGAUGUCACCCCACUUGCCUUUCGGUAGCCUCAGCACCUUCUAAGCUGCCACAGAGCUCACCUCUCUUGACAGGUAUUGCCUAUCUCUGUCUCUCCCCUCAAGAACGUGGCCUCCAGGACGGGCUGGGUGUGUGCACUGCACAAAAGGCACUUCGUGGAUGCUAGAGGAACUAAUGAAGAAGUGAAUGAAUGAAGGAAGGGAGGCAGGAUGAGAUUUGGGGCAAGGGCAGUGCCCGUGAGGACCAGGUUGGCGCUGUAUGUCUAUGAGUACUUGCUGCACAUCGGUGCCCAGAAGUCAGCCCAGACCUUCCUGUCUGAGAUCCGAUGGGAGAAGAACAUCACGCUGGGGGAGCCCCCCGGGUUCCUGCACUCUUGGUGGUGCGUCUUCUGGGACCUGUACUGCGCGGCGCCUGACCGAAGAGAGGCCUGCGAGCACUCCGGCGAGGCCAAGGCCUUCCAGGACUAUAGCGCAGCAGCCGCCCCCAGCCCUGUGAUGGGGAGUAUGGCCCCAGGUGACGCAAUGGCCGCAGGCCCCAUGGCUGCUGGCUUCUUCCAGCCCUUCAUGUCACCGCGCUUCCCAGGGGGCCCCCGGCCCACCCUGCGGAUGCCGAGUCAGCCUCCCGCAGGCCUCCCCGGCUCCCAGCCCCUCCUCCCUGGCGCCAUGGAGCCCUCCCCACGAGCCCAGGGGCAUCCGAGCAUGGGCGGCCCAAUGCAGAGGGUGACGCCUCCUCGUGGCAUGGCCAGCGUGGGGCCCCAGAGCUAUGGAGGCGGCAUGCGACCCCCACCCAACUCCCUUGCCGGCCCAGGCCUGCCUGCCAUGAACAUGGGCCCAGGAGUUCGUGGCCCGUGGGCCAGCCCCAGUGGAAACUCGAUCCCCUACUCCUCCUCAUCCCCUGGCAGCUACACGGGACCCCCAGGAGGAGGUGGGCCCCCUGGAACACCCAUCAUGCCUAGCCCUGGAGAUUCUACCAACUCCAGCGAAAACAUGUACACUAUAAUGAACUCCAUCGGGCCGGGCGCCGGCAGGGCUAAUUUCCCGCUCGGCCCUGGCCCGGAGGGCCCCAUGGCCGCCAUGAGCGCGAUGGAGCCUCACCACGUGAACGGAUCCCUGGGCUCGGGCGACAUGGACGGGUUGCCGAAGAGCUCUCCCGGCGCCGUGGCCGGCCUGAGCAACGCCCCGGGCACCCCGCGGGACGACGGCGAGAUGGCGGCCGCCGGGACCUUCCUGCACCCGUUCCCGAGCGAAAGCGUAAGCGACUGCGUCGACUCCCCCCCCGCGGCGGCGUCGGGCCGGAGGGGCCUGGCGGGCAGGCCCCGGCGGGGCGGCCGGGGGGCCAGAGCAAGACCGUGACCGCGGCGGGCCAGGUGGGGGGGCGGCCGCGGCAUCCUUCCCGUCUCCUCAACCUCUCCCCACCCCCCCCCCACCACCUCCCGCUCCUAUUUCACCGUCCCGAUCCCAUCCGCCCCCACCUCGGGACCCGCGCCCCAGGGCGGCCUUCCCAUGCAUCGCCCCUCCCCCGUUCCCUCCUGUCCCCACCCCAUGUCUGCCCAGGACCCAGCCCUGCCUUGUCCCCCAUUGUCCCUGGGGGCGGGCCCCAGCCUCUUCCGGAGCUGAACUCGGCCCCUGCGCGCUGCCCCCUCCUCUCUCCGCAGUACUCGCCAGGGAUGACCAUGAGCGUGUGAUGGGGUGGCAGCCCCGGGCCUCUCUGCGGGCCUAGGCUUCUGCCCAGCGCCCCUGCUCAGGGCGAGGGGCUGAGGUCACACCUCGGGCACCUGGACUCCUGGCCAAUCAAGGCUUGCCCAGCUGGGAGGCCCCACACGAAAGACUCUUACCAUUUUAUUAAAAACGCAAGGACCUCAGAGACGUUCUUUUCUGUAUGGACCCUUCCUGCCAUUUGUAUUUUGUCCCAGAGAGAAAGGCUCUUUGGGGGGCCCCUCUCCCCAGGACGUCAAGGGGUGGGGCCCGUCAAUAAAUGGAAGCUGGUUUUGGUUUUUGGUA